CCAGCCCAGGUGAAGCUGCAUUGGCGUUGAAUUGCAAUCCGCUACAAGAAUACCGCCGCUCUCUUACCACCGCCAGCAUGUCCAUCACCGGCGCUCGCAGCAACAUCGAGAUCAACUGGCGCACAAUCGACAUUGACGCUCUCGAUCCCGAAUCCUCCUCCAACUUCGAUCUCACCACUCUCACUCCGGCAGUCGCUCCGGUAUCGACGGCAGAUGUUCAGACUCUUGCGGGGCAAAUAAAGCAGCUGCUCAGAGGUGGAGACUCAGAAGGAGCGCUCCGAGGAGCAUUGGAAAAUGUACCAUAUGGAGCAGAUGAGAGUGGAAAGGCGAUUCACCUGGCGACAGUAACAGAGAUCCUACAGUCCAUCCGACAAGCAGAAAUCACGCCGAUCUGCCAACGAAUCUCACAAUCAGAGGGCGGUUCCGAAGUGCUGGACACUUUGAUGAAGUACUUGUACAAGGGCAUGGCAAAGGACGCACCCAGUGGAGGCCGUGGGACACCACAAAACGUGACUCCGCAGCCAACAGGAUUUAGCCAGAUUGGUGGGAGGAGUUUCGGACAAGCACAGGAAGGUGGUGGCCAGGCGAUGAGUGUUCUACUCAGCUGGCACGAAAAGCUCAUUGAAUUGGUCGGUCCUGGAAGUAUCGUUCGCGUCAUGUCGGACCGCAGAACAGUCUGAGCUACGUGGCGGCCCUUCCUUACAACUGCGAUACCACACUGCAGCUAGUAUCGAGACCACAAGGCCAGUCCGUGUGAAGCUGCAGUAGCCUCGCUACAAAACCAUGAGCAUAUGAUGACUACAGAUAGAGCGGCUUUCGCAUGGGAAGCGCCCUGCUGCGAAAAUUCGCAGCCGCAUUGCACGACCAAUCCAUUAGCACUGUAUGAUCACAUUCACGCGGCUUCAGCCAUUAGCCGAGUGUUCAAUUCGACAUGAUCCGUUCAAUUCUGGGGAGCCUCUGAGUCGAUGUUCUGAUUAUCGAUUGCUUCGAUCUCAUAAUGGCCACUUCAUGCGC